AAUUAGAUGAGAUUGCCCUUCCUUUCAGAGGCGAUAGAGGUAACUAUUAGUGAUUUAAAAAUCAGAAAGAGCAAUGGCGAACAUAUUCGGCAUCGGAGCGUCUUUCAUUUUUCUGCACACCGUGUUGGAACUGGUUUUGGGGCAAAUUCGCUACUCGAUUCCCGAGGAAUUGGAAUAUGGGGCCUUUGUUGGGAAUAUCGCUGAGGAUUUGAGUCUAAACGUUCGGGAAUUAUCGGCCCGCAAAUUUCGUAUCGUCUCUGACAGCAGAAAGCAAUAUAUGGAGGUAAAUCUGAAAAAUGGAAUUUUGUUUGUUAGUGCAAGAAUAGACAGAGAACAGCUCUGCAAAAAAGGCUCUACCUGCCUCCUUUCCGUCGAAAUAGUGCUGGAAAAUCCCUUGGAAAUACAUCGCGUUUCAGUGGAAAUACUUGAUAUAAAUGAUAAUGCACCGCGUUUUUCAAAGGACGAAUAUGUUUUACGGAUUAUUGAGGCGAUUGCGCCAGGAAUGCGAUUCCCUCUUGAGAGCGCUCACGACGCGGACGUAGGCAGAAAUGCCGUCAGCAUUUACCAGAUCAGCGUAAACGAGCAUUUCAGCCUCAAAUUUCAGACCAGAAAUGAUGCCAGUACAAGUGCCGAAUUGCUGCUAGAAAAGCCUUUGGAUCGUGAAGAACAGUCAAGCUUUGAUCUUGUGCUUACUGCCAUUGACGGUGGGGUGCCCCAGAGAUCCGGUACUACUCGGAUUCGAAUUUACGUGAUGGAUGUCAAUGACAACGCACCUGUGUUUGAUCAUGAAACAUACAGAGUCAAUGUUGAAGAAAACACUCCUAAAGGUACUUUAGUUGUGAAACUUAAUGCUGUUGAUUCAGAUGAAGGCACAAAUGCUGAGCUAACAUAUUCUUUCACAAGUCACACUUCGCAAAAGGCUCGUGAGGUUUUCAAAUUAAACCCGAUAACUGGAGAAAUCAGAGUUGAAGGAGCACUAGAUUUUGAAGAAUUGGCUGUUUAUGAACUUGAUGUAGAAACUGUGGAUAAAGGUUCCUAUCCAUUGCUCGGACGUGCCAAAGUUAUCGUCGAAUUAAUAGAUACGAAUGAUAAUGCCCCCGAGAUUGAGGUGACGUCAUUAUCCACUACAGUAUCAGAAGAUGCUCUACCUGGGACCAGGAUAGCUACAAUCAGUAUAAGGGAUGCUGACUCCAGUGAAAAUGGACAAACUCAAUGUGAUGUUGACAUGGAUGUACCAUUUCAAUUGCAGACGACUAAGAGCAACAAUUAUAAAUUGGUCACUAGUCGUACUUUGGAUCGGGAAACAACACCAAUGUACAAUAUAUCAAUUUUGGCUCGUGACAGAGGAUCUCCGCCUCUGGCUACAAAGAAGCUUCUAAUUGUGUCGGUUUCUGAUGUAAACGACAACGCUCCAAGAUUUACGCAAUCCUCAUAUAACGUGUUUGUAAUGGAAAACAACAAUCCUGGUGCUUCUAUAUUUGCCGUCACUGCUUCGGAUGCAGAUUUGGAUCAAAAUGGGGAAGUGUCUUAUCUUAUCUUGAAAAAGCAAAUAAAAGGUGGAUCUUCCGCUCCUUAUAUUACAAUUAACUCAAGGAGUGGAAAUAUUAAUGCUCUACUGUCAUUCGACUAUGAAAAGUUGAAGAACUUUGAGUUCAAAGUUCAAGCUCGCGACGCUGGAAAUCCCCCAUUGAGCAGUACUGCCAUUGUGAAUGUCAUUAUUCUGGACCAAAAUGACAAUGCUCCUAUUAUUGUUUCGCCUUCAGCGUGGAAUAUUUCAUCAGCUGUGAAGAUUCUGAGCCAAUCGCUAUAUCCGGGGAAUUUGCUCACCAAGGUAAUUGCAACCGAUGCGGAUUCAGGACAGAACAUGCGGCUUUCCUUCAAAAUUAUUGAAGCCACUGAUCCCAGUCUCCUCAGUAUCGGCCUGUUCACUGGAGAAAUAAAAGCAGUCCGCGGUUAUAAGCAAUACGACUCCACCACGCAAAGGGUAGUGAUCCUGGUGAAGGAUAAUGGACAGCCCAGUCUCUCCAGCUCGGCGACAGUCUACUUUUCAAUCAUGCCCAAUGGUACAGAUAAACUCUCUGUGUAUAGUCACCAACCCAGAAAUCCAGAACAAUUUUCGGAUCUGAAUGUUUAUUUGAUCAUCAUAUUUGGUUCCACAUCCUUUAUGUUCCUUGUAAUCAUAAUUUUCCUGGUGGCACUGAAGUGUAAACAAGCCAGAAGUUCAAAUUACUACGAGUCCACAAAUUAUUGUUGCUGCAGCCAGAGGGAGUCGAAUGCUGCUUUUAAUCGAAGAGCUGUUCCGAAAGAAAUGAACAUUUAUCCUCGUGGUCCUCUGACGCUCCCCAUUGCUGAAGGAAAUCAGUACACUCUCUGUUUAUCUCCAGAAUCAUCCAAAAGUGAUUUCUUAUUCUUGAAGCCUUGCGAAGUAACGUUACCUCUUAAUGAUAUCAAUCUUCAUGGAAGCAGUGUAGGAAAAUAAUA